AUGGGACGCUGGCGUGGACGUCUCUAUGCGACCGAUCGCGCAAGAGACUUUGAUCAUGAGCGAGACCGCCAUGUCCGUGUACGCCAGAUCUACGAGACCAUCGACCGACAGCCUUUUCAAUGGAUUGUGGUCCUCGUGGCAGGAGUUGGCUUCUUGCUCGAUGGUUUCUCCCUCUUUGCCGGAAACAUCGCCCUUCCAAUGAUCUCCUAUGUCUACUGGAAUCAAGAAGUCUCGACCUACCGGUUGACCUGUAUCAACAUCGUCACCCUCGCCGGGACACUCAUCGGUCAAGCGACAUUUGGCUUCCUCGCCGAUAAAAAAGGCCGAAAGACGAUGUACGGUAUUGAGUUGCUCCUGCUCAUCGGUUCAACCUUGGGUGUGGUCAUGAGCUCCGAAGGCUACAACGGAAGCAUGAGCGUCUACGGUUGGUUAAUCUGGUGGAGGCUCAUGGUCGGAAUAGGCGUGGGAGCGGAUUAUCCGCUCAGCGCAGUCAUAACUGCAGAGUUUGCCCCCACCAAACACCGAGCACGGAUGAUGGCUGGCGUCUUCUUCAUGCAGCCACUUGGACAGAUCAUGGGCAAUCUUAUCUCACUGAUCGUGGUCGCCAUCUCCCGCCACUCGAAGAGGGACAAUCUCCAGCGCUCCGUAGAUAUUAUGUGGAGGUGGAUUAUUGGCAUUGGCGUUGUACCAGGAGUGAUCGCUCUCCUCUUCCGUUUCGCUAUCCCGGAAACCCCGAGAUUCCUGCUCGAUAUUGAGGACGACCCUGUCAAGGCUGAGUUUGACGCAACCCAGCUGUUCGGGGAAACAUCCACGAACAACGAGCUGGAGAUUGGGAUGUGGUGCGAUUCUCUCGAAGAGUCAAACCUAUCACAUCGGUCACUCGAUGAACGUUCGGACGCCAGACCCUCGUUUGCUGUGACUCCGGCGCCUCUGGCCACCUUGAAUUCAUCCUGGAAGAUUUCCAAGGCAGACAUCAAGCAGUAUUUCUGGACCGAAGGCAAUUGGCGUACCUUGAUGGCUGUAUCAGUGUGCUGGCUUCUGUUGGACUUUGGAUACUAUGGCAUUGGCCUUUCGAACCCCCAGUUUCUCGCGAAAACCUGGGGCAGUCUGCACAUUGCCAGUGCCCAGCCCAUCUGGAAAACAAACGAUGACCCUAAUACCGAUAUCUACGAUAUGUUCAUGAAGACCUCGGUACAAGCACUUGUCGUCUUGAAUAUUGGAAGCUUUGCUGGAGGAAUUCUGUGGAUUCUUUCGGCGCCUCGGCUGAACAGGGUGUCUCUGCAAAAAUACGGUUUCUUGGCUCUCGCGGCAUUGUUUAUUGCCUUGGGCACUGAAUUCAUUGUGGUCCAGCAAGAAGGGGCUUUGGCAAUAACGCUGUACGUGAUUGGACAAUUCCUCUUCAAUUUCGGCCCGAACUCAACAACAUACAUCAUCCCCGCCGAGCUGUUCCCGACUCGUUAUCGAUGUACUUGCCACGGUAUUGCAGCGGCCUCUGGGAAACUCGGAUCUAUUUUGGUGCAGGUGUUCUCUUUUUACUAUAAGUUUGGCUCCUCCUCACCUGGUGACAACCAAACGAAACGCUACGGCACGAUUCUCGUAGUCUUCAGCGCAUGUAUGAUUCUGGGGGCGGUGGUUACACAUUUCUUCAUCCCUGAGGUACAAGAAAAAGCAAAACGGGGCUCGAUUUGGUCUGGAAGGAGUAAAACACUGGAAGAACUUGCACUCGGCCGCUGGGGAGAACACAGUGAUUAUUGA